AGUUGAGCGGGAGGGAGAUAGAGCCACACAGAUGGAGGGGGAGAGAGAGAGUAGAGCGUCUGUUACUGUGUAGGUUUUUCUCCCUAAUCUUGACUUGAUUUUUCUUUUGAUUCCCAUUGAGUUUUGAGGUUCAACAAUCCAAAAAACCGAAAAAUAAUUCAGAACUGAAACCCUGAAUGCACCUUGGUGCGCCUCAACACAGAUGAGGCGUCCACCUCGUUUGGAGCAGGUGAGGCGCCCAUUAGAAACGCCUUCGUCAACCAUGAUUUACAUAUUUCAAUCUUCAUUUUGUUUAAGUAGGGAUUCAGACAAUUUUGGUUUCUCCAUUGCAAUUUAUUACACAAAAACUUGUGUGAGACAGGCCCAACGUGAGAUGAGUCAAGAUCCCGAUCCAGCCCCAUAUUUCAGUCACAUAAGUUACAGAUAUGCUGCUAGAGGGUCUUGACCUGUUUCACGGUGAGACGCUCUCACACAAGACUCUUCAAUCGUGUUAACUUACAUCUACAUUCGAACUAUCUAAUCUUCAACCUUUAUUCUGCUGAAAUCUACUCUGGAAACAGUUAUUUUGUGAUGAAACACUUAUUGGUCUCGUAGUUGUAGAUGCUACAUCGGUUGAAAUACAAAAGGACAACAUCUACUAUCGAUUUUGUACAAAAUGUGUUCAUCUUUUGAUCACCACAAGUGUAAAAAGGUCGAAAAUGAAGCGCAAUCUGUAUUGUUGUGUGAUAAGAAGGGGCUAAUACGAGGAUGAGGAGUGUUCUAAAAGCUUCAAAAAGUUCUCUUCAACAGAUCAAGUCAACAAAAUACAAUGCCGUGGAGGCGUUGUCAUCUGCAGUUUCCAGAAGCGUUUCGUUGAAUGCUGCUGCUGGCAAACAGAGGAAAAUACCGGAGAAUACGACCAAGCAUGGCAUGGUAGCACCCGGUAAGGUAUUCACCUUCCAAGAACUGGCGAGUGCGACAGAGAACUUCAACCCCGACCUUCUAGUUGGUGAAGGAGGAUUUGGGAGGGUAUACAAAGGACGCCUCAAGAAAACAAAGCAAGUAGUGGCUGUGAAGCAACUUGAUCGAAACAAGGAUCAAGACAACACCGAAUUCCUCACGGAGGUCUUGGCACUGAGCCUCAUUCAACACCCGAACCUCGUGAGCCUGAUCGGAUACUGCGCUGAUGGCCGGCAGAGGAUUUUGGUGUACGAGUAUAUGCAUUAUGGAUCCUUAGAAGAUCACCUUCUUGAUCUACCUCCGGACAAGAGGGCAUUGGAUUGGUUCACUAGAAUGAAGAUAGCAAGGGGCGCAGCGCGGGGGCUGGAGUACUUGCACGACACUGCAUGCCCGCCUAUCAUAUUCCGGGACUUCAAGGCGUCCAACAUACUAUUAGACGAGGAAUUCAACCCCAAACUGUCCGGUUUUGGGCCGGAGGAAAGGGAUGAGGUCUCGACAAGGGUGAUGGGGACAUACGGGUAUGCUGCCCCGGAGUAUGCCCAGACGGGCAAGCUCACGACCAAGUCCGAUGUCUACAGUUUCGGGGUGGUACUUCUCGAGAUCAUUUCGGGAAGAAGAGCUAUUGAUAGCAAAAAGCCACCAGAGGAGGAGAAUCUAGUUGCUUGGGCGAAACCAUUACUUAAGGAGAGAAGCAAGUUUUCAUUGCUGGUUGAUCCAUUACUGCAAGGCGAGUUCCCCAUGAAAGGGCUGCAUCAAGCUCUCGCUGUUGUGGCAAUGUGCUUGCAAGAUGAAGCCAGCACUCGACCCCUCAUCGAAGAUGUCGUCACGGCUCUUGAAUAUUUGGCCGUGACAACAGAUGAAGAAAUUGCAACUGAAAAAAAUGUAGACAUGUAAUAUAAACGUGACAAGUUUUUUGAGGACGAUUAUUGUUGUGUCAUAUUAUAAUUACAUCUAGUGAGUCACGUGCUGAUCGACACGAAGUCGUGUUGAUCAACACGAGUUGAAUUAUAUGUGAAUAUAUAACUUUGAUAUUACAUCUCGUGUUAAAAGUGGUGAAGGGAAAUUUGAGGACAACUAAUUUAGGCGGAACUUCACAAGUAGAAUUAGUAAUUUAUUUUAAUAUUUAACAUUUUUAUCUUUUGUUGGAGAAAUAGUGUUAUUGGGCUUAGGUUUGGAGCCCAAUUGUGUAUUAUUAUUUUCUAUUUUGUAGUCCAUUGGGUUUCACGGUGUAAGAUCAUUUACAACACCGAACAAGGCGAUACUAAUUGAGGGUUUAAAUUUUAUAUUUCA